AUGACAAAUUGGACCUAUGAAGAUCCGACGUUUUACAAGGCCGUUUAUACCGGAAUGGCCAUGAUCGGCGUCGUCGUGAAUUUCGGGACGGCUGCCCUGAUUGUGCACGCAAGCACCCCGUCGAUGAAGGAGUACUCAAGAUUGCUGCUCUUCUAUCAGAGCCAUCCAAAUUAUCGCUUCUUGCUCGAUGUCCCUGAUCUGUGGAUCCUGGAUACAACUGUUGAAUACAUCAUCGCCCCAUUGGUAGCCUUUUCCUUGGCCACAGCUUACAUGUGCAUCAGCUUCUUGUCGUCGGGUGGUUGCCUUAUCUACCACAGCUUUUACCUUCUGAAUUCUCGCCUCGACUAUAUGAGCGAUGCCACUCGUAAAAUGCAGAAAAAGUUGAUUAUCAAUAUGUUGAUGCAGCUGUGCAUCCCCUUCCUAUUAUUAACGGUGCCUUGGUGGUUUGGCAGCAAGAUUAUCGCCUAUGAUAUCGAAGUUCCGCAAUCGGUUCCGAGGCUGUUCUUCUUGAUUAAUGAAUGCCAUGCGAUAAUAGGAUCGCUCGAAAUUGUUUAUCUAACUAAACCCUACCGAGAGUUUGUGCUGGGGAUGGUCAAGCCGAAAAGGAAUCUAAAAGCUAUUGUCUAUAACAAAUCGCGGCGCUGGGCCGGCCAUACAUUUUAUGUUGAUGUCGAGGAGGGAGCAACCGUUGGCGAUUUUAAGAAUGCCGUCAUGCACCAGACGAAGAUCCCGCCCGACGAGAUGUGGGUCGUUUUCGGAGUAACGGAGCUAAAAGACAACAUCCAACUGUUUGAUGUGAAUAUCCGUGAUGGCUACACCCUAUAUGUCACCCCAACCACCGUAGAAUUCCCUGAAUACCCGAAUUUA